UUCUUAGUAUAGUUAAGCCAAUCAAUUUCUGUCUUAUUUCGUCACCCACUCUCUCUUCUUCUGGAGACUUCAUUUCUGGGCACAAACCUACCUAAAUCACCUCGUUCAAUCUCUGCCCCAAACUCUCACUUUGACCCAACUUCCCAGUUAUUCACUCUGUCUCAAGUUUACUCAAAUUCACAACUGAUCUUGGAGGAACCUGUUUGGGAGAGGUCACAGCACAGAAACAGUAUUUUUUAAUGGAAGCAGAAUCUCACAAAGCACUGAUGGCAGAAGAGAAUGCUUCCUGUGAUGGCGAUGCCCCUUCAGUGCCACUGGAGCUUCAGUUACAAGCCUCCCCGAAAGCACAGCCAUAUGUGUGCACUUUGAGUCCACAACUGAUUGCUAAGGCACAAGAAGAGCUUCAGGAGAAACCUGAAUGGAGACUGCGUGAUGUGCAGGCCCUCAGAGACAUGAUUUUAAAAGAACAACCAAACUUAAAAACACGUUUGGAUGACCCCUUCUUAUUGCGUUUUCUCAGAGCUCGCAAGUUUGAUUAUGACAGGGCACUGAAGCUUUUAGUGAAUUACCAUGCAAGCCAAAGGACUUGGCCAGAGGUGUUUACAAAUUUGAGGCCGUCUGCAAUAAAACGUGUUCUAGACUCUGGAUUUCUUACUGUUCUACCUUAUCCGGAUCCAUUUGGUCGGUGUAUCUUGGUAAUUCGACCAGGAAAAUGGAAAAUCGGUGAUUAUCCCAUUACAGAAAACAUUCGUGCCAUUUAUAUAACAUUAGAGAAACUUGUUCGAGCAGAAGAAAAUCAGGUGAAUGGAAUAGUAAUCCUUGCAGACUACAGUGGAGUUACUUUGUCCCAAGCUGCACAACUUGGUCCAUUCAUGGCCAAAAAGGUCAUUGGAAUUCUUCAGGAUGGAUUUCCGAUGAGAAUAAAAACUGUCAAUGUCAUCAAUGAACCCAUAAUUUUUAAGGGCAUUUUUGCUAUCAUAAAACCAUUUCUAAAGGAGAAGAUGACAGAAAGGUUUGUUCUUCAUGGUUCAGAUCUAAGCUCACUUCACAAAGAUAUUCCACCGAAUACCCUUCCUCAAGAGUAUGGAGGCACAAUGGGAAAACUCAACACAACGGCCUGGACUGAGACUCUGCUGGCAUUUGAGGAUGAAUUUGUAGCAGAAUUUUGUCAGAUACAUACACCAACAGAUAAUUCAUUGACACAAUAUGCAGUGGGGGCAAAUGGUCAGUCAGGUCAACAAUGCGAUGAUUCCUUUCGAGGAGUGAGGUCACCACUGUAUUAUUGUUAUUAAUAACACCCUUGUUUGACAUUUCUGAUGAAGAAUUUUAUUUUGGUGCUGGGGUAUUCAUUCAAAAUAAUGGUCUGCCCACUUUUAAAGUACUCCACAGUCUCUUCAAUGUCUAAAGUUAUAUUGUCAGAAAUGUCUGAAUUGUAAAGAAAUUGAAUAUAUAUUUAAAGAAAUUGAAUAUAUAUUCCUCGACCUAUGGCAGUAAUUUUAAAGAGAGCAGCAGGCAAGUUUUUUGAGAAAUUAGUUUAUACAAAAGCUCAACUGUUAGCCAGUCAAAAAUGUGCAAAUUUGAACAGAUCUAAUCUGACUGCUGCUAUGCAAUUAUCUUGAAUUGGCAAUAAGAAAAAUAAGAACAUUAGGUUUCUAAGCUGAAUGUUUCUCAUCCAGAGAGAGAGGACAAGGCCUCGUUUUUAAGUGAAAAUACUAGUCUCUUAACAAAUCUUUUCAAUAUUGAUAAGAUAGUCACAUAAUUUACAUUGUCUAGCAUUUGCAAUGGUCACUAUCUGGCAGUACUAGGUUUUACAGAAUAACAGAGCCAAAGUAAAUGUUAUAAUUCAAAGCAUUAACUGCACACUUUGAUAUUGAAAUGGUGUUGUGGACUUUAAACGGAUGAGGAAACGAACAGUAUUUAUUAUGAACAACUGCCUAUCAGAAGUAUACAGUAAACAGCAUUCAAAGAAUGACAUUCUUUUUAAAUUAAGUCACAGGUAUCUCCUAUUCAUUAUACAGUAAAGUAUACUUCUCAAUUGGCCAGAUGGCUGGUUUGCAAUGUAAAGUGAUGCAAACCGUGUGGGUUCAAUUCCUGCACCAGCUGAGGAUACUAUGAAGGAUUGCCCUUCUCAAUGUCUCACUUGCCUAAGGUGUAGUGACUCUCCUGUUAAACAACCGCCACUUGUUGCUAACUAAUGAGAGUGUAGACCAAUGGUCUGGUAACUUUAUUAUAAUGGAAGUACUUUUAAUUUUGCCCCUGGGUUUCAGAUAUAAUUUGAUACAUUUAACCCAAAGAAAGCACAAGCAAUCCACACCUUGCACAUUUUGGUAAAUUCUUCUUACAAGAAGGUAGAAUAUACUGAUAUGCUCCCAUUCUGCUAAUGCACCAUCCAAUGUAUGUGUAUGUAGAUUUUCAACUGAGUCAAAUUCGUACAUUUCUCAUUCUUCCCCUCUUUUUAAACAGCAGUAUUUGUCAAAGAAAAGCAUCAGAAUCAGAUAGAUAUAUACAGCACUGUAAUUGGUCAGCACAGCUAUUCAGAUGCCUAAUUGAAAGAAAUUGGGAUAUGAACAACAGUUCCACUAAUAUUGAAAACGUUUGACUUUUGCAGCUAUUCUUCUCACAAGUUAACAGUACUGUGGAAUUGCCAAACUGGGAUUUAACUAAUCUCAGCCUUAGAUCUUCAGUAUUGAAUAUGGCAUUGAAAAGGCUAAAUGCCACGGAUUUGCUCGUUUCUCAUAAAGUCCACCAGACAAGUCCUAAACUAUUUAGUGUUGCAGAGGGACACGUGAAUAAGUGAUAUAUCAUUGUGUUCUACUGAGAAGUUACUGUAAUUAUAAAACAAAUUGCACGGUCUUAAUUUUGAGAAUUAUUACUAUUAUCCAUUCAGAUUAGAUUUAAUUCCCUUCAGUAUGAGAAUAGGCCCUUCAGCCCAACAAGUCCACAACAACCCUCUGAAGAGUAACCCACCCAGACCCUUACAUUUACCCCUGACUAAGCGACCUAACACUAUGGGCAAUUUAGCAUGGCCAAUUCACCUAGCCUGCACAUUUUGGAUUGUGGGAGGAAACCCACACAGACGUGGGGAGAAUGUGCAGACUCCACACAGACAGUCGCCAGAGGUGGGAAUUGAACCCGGGAACCUGGCACUGUCAGGCAGCAGUGCUAACCACUGAGCCUCCAUGCUGCCCUUCAAAGCCACUUAAUUCACUGAGUAAUAAUUGCAGAAAUAAUUUGUUGGUCAAAGAUCAACUAUGAUUACACUACCCUUUCAAGGGAGGGGGGGAACCGGAAGAAGGUUUUAAGUGCAGGUCACAACUCCAGCAUGGACCUACAGCAAUUCAUGGGUCAAAUUCAUCCUAUGUAUUCCACUGGUGGAAAUAAUUAACUUGCCAGCACAUUCAUAGGAAUUUAAAAGUCUCAGCAUUGUUAUGGGCAUUUUCCAGGAAGAAGACAAUAGAUUUUCAUAUAGCUCCUGUUGCCUAGAGUACUGCUGCCUGCAUUUGUCACGCCUUCAAGAACUGACCAGGUGAGGAAUGACUACUUUCUGCAAAUGGUGGGUAGCUUGUUGCCAAUUAAAAGGCCAAUCAAGGCCAUUUUCCAAUUGGCCUGCAAGUCCUCUGUGGUACUAGGAAUAUUGCAAAUAUUUCGAGUUGUCCUGAUUUCAUAUUACAACAGGAUCACUUUGAUAAUGCACUGCCUCAGAUGCCUUGCCCAGCUGGCUAAAGGCUGCCCUAGGGUGGGAUAUACCCUCCACAGUGGUAGUCUAGCUGUGGUCAUUUUUAAUGUCAAAUACAUUAAAGUUGCUCAUUCUUGAAGUAUAAUCUUGUGGCAGCUCCGUCCAGACUAGAAGACUUCCUAUUGGUCCUUAUGCUUUUAGAGCCUGCCUACCAUCCCAAAUUAAACAGCAAACACACUUUCUGGUCACUAAUUGGUCAAUACAGCUAAAACCAAUGUAGGUUACUGCUUCAAACACUAUAGGAAUCAGGUGUUACUCUAGACCAGAAUGUUGGCGAUCCUAAUCCAAAACCAAAAAUCCUGCCUAAUUUCAAAUUCAGUUUACCAGUCUAUUUGACAACCUUUUUAUCAUCUUAUUCUAAAGAAAUACAGGACUUUCUUUUGAAAAUAUUACUUUGUAUUGUAUCUUGCCACACAAUUUGGCAUUGGAAAACCCGGUUUAGAUCUCUCAAUAUCAAUGAAACAUACAAGCAUUUUGCACAGAGUUCCAAAGAUGCUCCGUUUCUCAAAGCUACAAUAUGACUGUUCAGACUGUUUCUAAGAUUAACUUAGCAUCAUUUAAUAACACUUAGCCAAAUCAAAUUUAAAAACUGUUGUUUCAAAUUUGCAUAAUUUAGGAAACAAACACUUUUCUGCUUUUAUUGACAAAAGUAACUGUCAUUUUCUAUGUAGAUUUUCAGAAGUAAAUCAAUUGUGGGGCUGGUCAUCAUUUUUGACAGCAAUCAACCUGCUUUCAUAUUACAGGAAAGCCACAGCAAUGUUCCUUACUCUGGCUCAGGGUAAAAGAUGAUUGGUGACUGUUGGAGUCAGGGACUCUACCUCUGGGCAAAAACGUCCAAGUUCAAGUCCCAUGUGCUCUAGAGAUCUCUCAUGACAUGUCUGAACGGUCAAUUAAAAUGAUUACUUCGGAAUUGAUAAGCAAUCUCCCUGUUCCUCCUAUGAUCUUAACUGGGCACGAGACUUUAAAUGGAUACUUCUGUUGUUGAUUCGAUAGAGCAAUCAUCAUCUUUUGACAUCCCAUCACCAUUACUUUGUGCCAAAUCAGCAGUUUUGGAAGUACUAUUCUCUUAUGUAUUUGCCCUCCAGUUUCGAGAGCUACAAUAAGAUAUUUUACAUAUAUUUUUCAAAAAGAAUAUUUCACAUUUUUGCUUAAAGCUUAUGGUAUUCUGUUUUCCACUCUACAACAGUAGUUUGUCAAGUAUUUAAAAUGGCAAGUUAUUUUUUUUUAAAUAUAGAGUUGUGAAAAGUACAUAUAACAUUGUUGAUGACCAUGACAGCUAAAGAAUAGCUCAACCAUACCAAGUAGUUUCCAAGUUUCACUAUGAUCUGAACUGCACUGGGAUGUCAAUAAUUGAGCUGUAGGUAACUUGAGUUAACAAGUUGAAAAUCAGGGUUCUUGACCCUAAUCAUUAACAGCCAAUUCUUGGAUAACAUGCAUGUGUAUGCUGAGGGGUAAUAAUACGAAAACUAGUUAAUAUGACUCCUUGCACUCACAAGUUAAGUGUUCUGAUAAUUCAGAUAAGGUGUAGAAAGAUCCUACAAAGAGGUCAACAACAUUUUCAGGGAGAACACUGGCUAAGAAAAAAGAAUUUAAAGUUUUAUAUUUUGUCUUUUGUACCAGAGUUAUUUGGCAUAAGAUGUGAACUUGUUAAGUUUUGGGUUAGAUAGUUAAUUCUGUUUUAAGUUACGUUCACAACAAAAUACUCAGAUCUCAAUGCGCAUUUAAAGAUAUAGUUCAUUAUUACUACUAGGACAUUUCUAAAUUAAAUGUUACUCAGUAGAAUAUCUGUGUUAAUUGUUACA